AUACACGACACUAGUCUCUUCAUUCCCACUCUGCGCGCAGAUGCAGAAGUUGACUCACCCCAAAACUCCCUAGAUUUUAUCGGAAAAUCUUUGACAAAGGAUUUAUAAAUUCAUAAAUGAGUCAAAUUCUCAAUCCCCGAAACCCCACGAAUCUCUCUCCUCAAAAAAUCCCACUUCUCAUGGCCACUUCCGCCGCCGCCAUCGACACCAAAAAACCACCGGAGCAGCCACCGGGCACCAGCUACUGGACAUGCAAAAAAAACGAUUUCUUCCCGGAAACUUCCUUCAAUUCAUUCUCAGACUACAAAUCAGCCCUUUCCCAGAUUUACCCACGUCUCAAGGACAGGGUACUGAGUCGUUCCUCCGACUCGUUCGAACUCGUUGAGUCGCAGAAAGAGAGUGUGAACCCCAUGAAAAAAUGCCUGACAUGGUGGGACCUUAUAUGGAUGAGUUUCGGGUCCGUUGUUGGGUCGGGUAUUUUCACGAUUACGGGUCAAGAAGCACAUAAUCAUGCAGGUCCAGCAAUCUUAAUAUCCUAUGCAAUUUCUGGGUUUUCUGCUUUGUUAUCUGUUUUUUGUUACACAGAAUUUGCUGUUGAAAUCCCUGUUGCUGGUGGUUCAUUCUCUUUUCUUAGGAUUGAAUUGGGUGAUUUUAUUGCUUAUAUUGCUGCUAGUAAUAUCUUGCUUGAAGCUGUUGUUGGUGCUGCUGGUUUAGGGAGGGGAUGGUCAUCUUAUUUUGCCAGUAUGAUUAAUAGUAACUCCGAUUUCUUGCGAAUUCGGAUUAAUUCCUUUUCCGAGGGGUUUAAUCUUCUCGACCCUAUCGCUGUGAUUGUGCUGUUAAUCGCGAAUGGUAUAGCUAUGUCCGGGACUAGGAGAACGUCAUUUUUGAAUUGGUUGAGUUCAGUGUUGAGUGCAUUGGUUAUUGUUUUUAUAAUCAUUGUAGGGUUUAUGCACUCAAAAACUGAGAAUUUAACACCGUUUUUCCCAUAUGGGGCUGAAGGAGUGUUUCAGGCUGCUGCUGUUGUGUACUGGUCUUAUACAGGGUUUGAUAUAGUUGCUACCAUGGCUGAAGAGACUAAGAAACCAUCUAGGGAUAUUCCAAUUGGGUUAUUGGGAUCAAUGUCUGUUAUAACUGUGAUUUAUUGUUUGAUGUCAUUGACAUUGACUAUGAUGCAAAAGUACAGUGAGAUUGAUGUGAAUGCACCUUACACUGUUGUUUUUGACAAGAUUGGUAUGAAAUGGGCAAAGUAUUUAGUGUCUGUUAUUGCUCUUAAAGGGAUGACCACCAGUUUGCUGGUGGGUUCUCUAGGACAAGCUCGUUAUACGACACAGAUUGCUAGGGCACAUAUGAUUCCUCCAUGGUUUGCUCGUAUUCAUCCGAAAACUAGCACUCCUAUCAAUGCCACAUUGCUUGUGACUAUUCUCAGUGCUGUUAUUGCCUUCUUUUCGAGUUUGGAUGUUUUAUCUAGUGUCUUCUCAUUCAGUACACUCUUCAUUUUUAUGCUUAUGGCUAUGGCAUUGUUAGUAAGACGCUACUACGUUGCAGAUGUUACGCCAAAGCAAGGGCUAUACAAAUUUCUUGGAUGCUUGUUUUUCAUUGCAAGCUCUUCAAUUUGCUUGACAGUACUGUGGAACGUAAAGCACAGCUGGAUUGGUUAUACUGUUUGUGGAGUGGUUUGGUUUGCUGCUACUUUGGCAUUGCAGUUACUGCCAAAACAGCGAACCCCAACGAUUUGGCAGGUUCCAUUAGUCCCAUGGUUGCCCUCAUUGUCGAUUGGGAUGAAUAUAUUUCUUAUAGGAUCAUUGGGUUAUCAGGCAUUCCUAAGGUUCUUCAUCUGUAGUGCAGUAAUGCUACUGUAUUAUCUCUUUGUGGGUGUGCACGCGACUUAUGAUGUUGCUCAUAAUGAAGUGACGGAAAGGAAGAUUGAGGAAGCAAAGGAGGACAGCAAUCAAGUGAAGCUCUAAUGCAAACCAUUUAGGCAAUUUAUGCUCUCUCUUGGUAUUUCAUUUUAUUCUUAGAAUCUUCAAUUCAUUUAGGGAGUAAAUAAUUGUAUAGUGCUCUUAUUAAAGAUCAUUUACAGAACAAUGGGUACUUGGAACAUUAGGUUUCUUUUAUGAAUAAUUUCAGAGGCUGCUUUACCUGGAAA